AUGUCUACGAAACUUUAUGAGGUAUUCUCAACCUAUCCACCUUACCUCAUCAUGGGUCUAGUGUUUGAGCAGCCCUCGAAACAUGGAUACGAUGAGCUUCAGAAGGGUUACCUCGCUUGGCGAAUGACCUGGCACAUAUUCAAAGUCAAUGCAAAUCCUAGGUCUCUUGAAGGCACAAAGCCUAUCUUGAGAAAUAUUGCUUUCGGGAGCUUACCACAGCUGAAUAUGUGGGGAGACAUUAUAAACGAUUAUACCCUCUCAUGUCAUGGACAUUUGACCCAAGAGGAUCUCAUGAACCUCUAUAACCUUGAGGACCAGGCCAUUAAGUACUUGAUAUCUCACCGUCUCGAUUGGAGCAAGGAGAUCGACGCUAUACAAGAUUUUGCUGGUCUGAAACUGUCUGUCCUUGGUCAAAAAUCCAUCUCGGAAUUAAGAGACAUCAUACUGUCAACGCUGACCUCAUGGGCUUGGUCACGGCUGAACUCGAGCCCACAGAAGCUCCCAAGAUUUGGAUAG